GUGGCUGUUCACAUCAAAAUGAGGAUGCUGUGUCUGUUUUUGCUUUUUCAUGAGAGCCUGCCGCUUCGAUGUGACACGAACCAGAUCACGGCUCAUUUUGCAGGAGAAUUCAUUCUUUCCUGCACAUAUGGUGCAGACAGUUAUCGGUUUAGUAAAAAGUACUGGUGCCGAGGGGAGUCUAGAGACAACUGUGAGAUUAUACUGGAUUCAGAAGGACGGGCUAAAUCUACAAUCACACACAGGUCUCGUAUUGUGGAUGCAGGAGGAACAAAGUUCUUUGUGAAAGUCACAAAUCUCCAGUUCAGUGAUACUGGUGCAUACUGGGUUGGGAUUGACAAAGUCUAUGCUGACAUCAUGACUUCAGUUAAAGUGACUGUCACUGAUGUUCCUGUCUCUAAGCCCAGACUUUGGCCCCUGAGUCCUCUGGAGAGCAGGCUGACAUGUUGGGGACAGCCGGUGAUGGUGCGCUGUGGUAGUGACUGGGGCACCAGCAUCCGUUACACUUGGUACUAUGAGCAGAACAUGCUACGCCGCUCUUCAGACUUAAAGCUGUACUGUGGAAGACUGAAAAGGGACAACGUUGAUUAUUACUCUAUCGCCAGUAAUGACGUGAGCAGUCAAAGGAGUGAAACCCUCUCUGUGAAGGUUCUGAUUCCUUCAGACAGUGACUGCAUCUAUGUCAUUAAGAUGCAAGGAGCCUUCCAGGGCCAGCUGAUGAGAAGCAUCCCCCCAGCAUGAUGCUGCCACCACCAUGCUUCACAGUUUAACUCUCUAAGUUAAAUCAGAUGCACUGUACAUGCUUACCUCCUCUAUUCACAGUAAAUCCAACAGAUCUCAUUAAGAUAUAAACAUUAAAUUCUGAAACACAAUCUAAUUUAAAAAGAAUUUAUAACGCACUUCAAUCAAAAGCUGUAUAGAACUUAUUCCUGGGGUCUGGUCUGAGGCUUCAUGUUCCUUUUUAUCAAUAGGUCAACCUGUUUAUGACUGUGCUGACAGAAUGACAACAACCACCAUCUCAACAACCACCAUCUCAACAACCACCAUCUCAACAACCACCAUCUCAUCCACAAUUUUAACCACGACUCCUUCCCUGACCACCUCCACAUGCCCAGCUACCACAGAAAUCCACACUGCAGCAACAAACCAAUCUUCACCCGUCCUUCAGACUGAUCAAGAACCUUUUUUCUGCAGGACACUGAUGGGGUUUCCAUUGUGGUACACACUUCUACGCUGGAUUAUCUUUGCAUCCUUGCUGAUAUUCUUGUGCACAUUUCUCAUUUGUAUGAACUCACGACAAAAAAAACGUGCCAGAAGGAGGAGGAAGAGGCAGGCUCGAUUCAGACAUUUGGCUCGGUGACAUCCAUCAUAGAGUGGCGUUUCUUUUCAAGUCCUAUCAGCAGAUGCCCUGGUUUUGUAAUGUCAAGCUGAAUCAAAGUUUUUUUUUUAGUAACGUGUUUAUUUGAGUAGAGACAGGGCUGCAAUGCAUGGCAGCAUGUUUAUUGGACUGUCUCAAUACUGCAGUUAUGUUUUUAUAAAUUUUGUAUGUGAGAAAUUUGGAUUUUUGGCACCACCACGUCGUUUAUUCUGAAAACAAUAUCAGGUCCCUUUCAGUCACUUAUGUCGUCUUAAGCUCCAUAAAGUAAUGGAGAAACAUACCACAGACUUCCUAAAGUAGAUAGCACUGAAUUAAAAUUGUGUGCACCUUAUACACUGAAAAAAGUAAAACAUUGGUUGAACCUAAAAGAAAAUGAGGUAAUCAAUCACACGAAACAUUUUGAAUUGAAUCAAUUUUUUUUAAUUAGGUAAAUGUAAAUUUUUUAAGUUCAUAGAAACUAUGUUUAAAGGUUUAGCAAACCUAUUGUUUUAGAUUGUCCUAAACUAAAAUAAAAAAUUUCCCUUAAUCAACCGAUAUAAAUAUUCCACUCAUUUGAACUCAAAAUGUUUAAGUUCAUACAACCAUUUUAUAAAGGUUGGUGGGGGCUGGAGCCAUUCCCAGCCAGUUUAGAGUCACCAUUUAACCUAAUGAGCAUUUUUUUGAAGGUUGGAGGAGGCCAGGGUACCCGGAGAGAACCCCCACGUGCACAGGGGGAACACGCUAACUCCGCACAGAAAGGCCCAGACCGGGAAGUGAACCAGCAGUCUUCUUACUGUGAGGCAACAGCGCUAACCCCUGCGCCACCAUGCCUCUCACAAGCCUUGAAAGUCACCUCAACAAAUUUUUCCUGACAACUCUUGCUUCUUUGGCCCAAUGGGAGAGCAGAGAUGUAAUAAAGAGGACAUAUUUUGCCCUUUAAGACAAGUUUUUAUUGGUCUCAGAGGUCCCCAAAACAUGCCUGUGAAGUUUAUUGCUGAAAAAACAGUAGUAUAGGAUCCUUGCAGGAAAUGGAUGUUGCUCUCCUGAUGUUUCAGGCACUUCUAUCCAAAGUUUGGGCUCUGACUGGGAUUUGAACCAUCAAUCUCCCAGUCAAAAGUCAGCAGAGUAGCUAGGAAGGUCAGCAAUCAAAAUGUCCUUUUUAACAUUUAUUCAGGCAUAACAGGCCACAACGGACGUGUUUCAACACGUAGGUCAAUGCUGGAUGCCCGUGCUGGAGUGUAGAGGGAGAGCCUCUCAGAAAGUGACGGCUGCUGUUGCAUCAAGUGUUUUUUGAAUCCACUCAGGAUGUUGUUACGAAUAUGCAUGAGCACAGCAGGCUUAAUGCAAUAAAAAUACAUUGAUCCAAUUUAAUUUGGUGUCCAGCUGCCAGUUUAAAUAAAAAUAAAAUAGGUUCAACCAUCAAGAUAAUUUAUAAGAUUUAGAUUUAAUGAACAAAUCAAUAAUUUUAGGCUGUUAUAAAAUGAAAAAUCACAUCAAUCCUACAACAGCAUUGUUUUACUUUUUUCAGUGUAUAAACAGAACCAUAUAGGGAAGCCCUCAUCCUUUCUCAUGGACUCAAAAAUGUGAGGAAAAAAUAAAUAGAUAAUUAAAAGAAAAGGGGAAAACAAAUCCUUUAGCUACCUGUUAACAAGCUACAACAUGGUGAUCAAUAGUGAAGCUAAAACAUUAGCUAGCAGUCUGCAGCCAUAUAAAAGGCCUGAAUUCUGCAGCCAGACUGUCUUGGGGAAAAUUUUUACAAUUUAGUCCAGGUGGAAUCAUUAACACUAUUCUGCCUCUCAGCUGUAUAAAGCAGGGACCCCAGGUUUGGCAGGUUGCAACAUGAUUUGGUACCAGAUUUAGGUAAAAUAAUAAAUGCUUGGACUAAAAGUAAAGACUA